AGUGCCCCCGUGGGCGGAGACGACCUGGAACACAAGUCCGUGACCCCUUUCCGCGAGCUGAGGGCAGCGGCUCUCCUCCGUAGCAGAGCUUCGUCACCUGCCGCCGCUCUCUCCCUCCGCUGCCGCCCGGACGAUGAUAUCCCGCCUGCUGCUACGCGCCUGGUCCCCGGGCCCUACCCUUGGCCUGGGAGCGCCCUGUCGGCCCCUCAGCGCCGGCUCCGGGCCCGGCCAGUACCUGCACCACAGCAUCGUGCCCACCAUGCACUACCAGGACAGCUUGCCCAGGCUGCCUAUUCCCAAACUUGAAGACACCAUUCAGAGGUACCUCAGCGCACAGAAGCCUCUCCUGAAUGACAGCCAGCUCAGGCAAACAGAACAAUUCUGUAAGAGUUUUAAAAAUGGCAUUGGAAAGGAACUGCACAAGCAGCUGGUUGGUCAGGACAAGCAGAAUAAACAUACAAGCUACAUUUCAGGGCCCUGGUUUGAUAUGUAUUUAACUGCUCGAGACUCCAUUGUUCUGAACUUUAAUCCAUUUGUGGCAUUCAAUCCUGACCCAAAAUCUGAAUAUAAUGACCAGCUUACCCGGGCAACCAACAUGGUUGUUUCUGCCCUCCGGUUUCUGAAGACACUGCGGGCUGGCCUUCUGGAACCAGAGGUGUUCCACUUGAACCCUGCCAAAAGUGAUACUAAUACCUUUAAGAAACUCAUACGCUUUGUGCCUUCCUCUCUGUCCUGGUAUGGGGCCUACUUGGUCAAUGCAUAUCCCCUAGAUAUGUCCCAGUAUUUUCGGCUUUUCAAUUCAACUCGUUUACCCAAACCCAGUCGGGAUGAACUGUUUACUGAUGACAAGGCCAGACAUCUCCUGGUCCUAAGAAAAGGACAUUUCUAUAUCUUUGAUGUCCUGGAUCCAGAUGGGAACAUCGUGAGCCCCUCAGAAAUCCAGGCUCAUCUGAAGUACAUUCUCACAGACAGCAGGCCUGUGCCUGAGUUUCCUCUGACCUUCCUGACCAGUGAAAACCGGGACGUCUGGGCAGAGCUCAGGCAGAAGCUGAUGCACAGUGGCAAUGAGGAGACACUGAGGAAAGUGGACUCUGCUGUGUUCUGCCUCUGUCUAGAUGACUUCCCCAUUAAGGACCUGGUCCACUUGUCUCACACCAUGUUGCAUGGCGAUGGCACAAACCGAUGGUUUGACAAAUCCUUUAACCUUAUUGUAGCCCAGGAUGGCUCUGCUGCUGUGCACUUUGAGCAUGCGUGGGGUGAUGGUGUGGCAGUGCUCAGGUUUUUCAAUGAAGUGUUUAAAGAUAGCACUCAGACCCCUGCCAUCACUCCCCAGAACCAGCCAGGCACUGCCAACUCUUCUGCUUCCGUGCAGAAACUCAGCUUCAAGCUGAAUGAUGCCUUAAAGGCUGGCAUCACUGCUGCCAAGGAAAAGUUUGAUGCCACCAUGAAAACCCUAACUAUUGACUGUGUCCAGUUUCAGAGAGCAGGCAAAGAAUUCUUGAAGAAGCAGAAGCUGAGCCCUGAUGCAGUGGCCCAGCUGGCCUUCCAGAUGGCUUUUCUGCGGCAGUGCGGGCAGACAGUGGCCACCUACGAGUCCUGCAGCACCGCAGCCUUCAAGCACGGCCGCACUGAGACCAUCCGCCCAGCCUCCAUCUUCACGAAGAGGUGCUCCGAGGCCUUUGUCAGGGAGCCCUCCAAGCACAGUGUCGGCGAGCUCCAACAGAUGUUGGCUGAGUGUUCCAAGUACCAUGGCCAGCUGACCAAAGAGGCAGCAAUGGGCCAGGGCUUUGACCGACACUUGUUUGCUCUGCAGUACCUGGCAGCAGCCAAAGGGAUUGCCCUGCCUGAGCUCUACCUAGACCCUGCAUAUGUGCAGAUAAACCACAACAUCCUGUCCACCAGCACGCUGAGCAGCCCUGCAGUGAGCCUUGGCGGCUUUGCCCCUGUGGUCCCUGAUGGCUUUGGCAUUGGCUAUGCCGUUCAUGACAACUGGAUAGGCUGCAAUGUCUCUUCCUACCCGAGACGCAAUGCCCGGGAGUUUCUGCAGUGUGUUGAGAAGUCCUUAGAAGACAUGUUUGAUGUCUUAGAAGGCAAAUCCAUCAAAACUUAGCUUGCAGAUCUGUUGUGACUUGAAAAUGCUGUACAAAUAAAGGAGGUGAGCAAUGGUUCUGGAGUCAGUCAGACCUGGGUUCAACUUAUAUAUAGCUCCACUGCUUACUAACUGUGUUACCCUGGCCAGCUGCAAAAAUCUCUGAAGUUCUUUCUUCAUCAGAAAGAAGAUGAAUCACUUCAUAGGGUUACUGUGAGGAUUAAAUGAUGUCACAUGUUAAAUGAGCAUAGUGCCCAGCAUACAGAAGGCACUUUAAGGGUGACAACAAUUUUGUUCUUAUGAAGGAGAAUUCCUAGUCCAUGGCUUCUGUCGGAAGGAAAGUUCUGCAGUCACUUCAUACAUUCCCUUCUCAAAGACACAGGUUCCCCAAAAAGACACACAUACCUGCGGCUGGAAAUCAACUGGUUCGAGGCCCCGGCACUCAAACUCCACAAUUGUCUUGAACUUCUCAUUGUCUUCAGCCUAGAAAGGAAGUGUGUUGCGGAGGUAGGCCAACUAUGCUCUCAGAUGACCCCAUGUCCUGCCAUGUGGGCUUUACUGUUCCUGUGAGCCUAGAAUGGGACCCAGGAGUAACUCCUCCAUUCUGAAAGAAGCCCGCCUUGGGCAGUGCUCCCCAUGAGACCCUCUGUGGGGAGACUCUGGCCAAAGGAGUAUUUGAAGUGGAUGGGAAAAAAGGAAGGACUUUCUGGACAACAGUUCAGGAGUCCCAAAUGCAUAGUUAAGAGUUUAGAGCAGAAUCUGCAGGACAACAGUCAGAAGAAUUAAAAGCAGUUUGUUCUCAGAGAUGUUUGCAUUGGCCAUCAUGUCCCCUCUGCCCCGAUAGGAUUACUUAAACUAGACAGAGGUGUCAUACAACGAUCCCAUCCCAACCCUGUCCCCUGACCAAAACUCCUAUAGAAUAUUUUCCAAAUGCUUUUCUUUUAUAUCUUUGUUCUCAUGUCCUUAAGAUACAAAUAAAGAAACCCAGAGGUU